GCUUCUAGGAAGUCGCGUCGCUUCUUCUCUUGGUGGGGCUAGUUCUGUCAAUGGGAGGGCGUCUUACACGUAUAAUGCUUUAUUCAAAACCAAUAAAUAGGUGCAGCGACUUUAAACAGGAAUAGUAGACUGCAGGGUGGAGCGUGCUCAUUUUCUUCUCCCGGUUUAGCUGGGCACAUAAAGACGCAGCCAGUCUGCUUAAACAUAAUUGGCACCCGGUUUUUCUUCGCCCACCAGCAUUUUCUCAGCUAGCUAACUAUGCGUCUUUGUAUGACCACAUCACUGUGACUUCAGGAAUUGGCAUUUUCAAACUUGAACUGACGUUAUCAUGAGCACCCACGAGACAGAUGUGCACACCAUCUCUCCAGAAAUGCCGGCAAUGUUUGAUGGCAUGAAGCUGGCAGCAGUGGCCACAGUGCUCUACAUCAUCGUUCGCUGCUUAAAUCUUAAGAGCACCACAGCACCCCCAGAUCUCACGUACCAGGACACACCCCUUAAUCGUUUUCUUCUAAAGUCCUGUCCUCAACUGACCAAAGAGUACAUUCCUCCCUUACUGUGGGGUAAGAGUGGUCACUUCCAGACGGCACUAUAUGGUAAACUUGGUCGAGUGAGCUCUCCUCACCCGAAUGGAAUCAGGAAGUAUUUACCCAUGCAAGAUGGGGCUACAGCGACUUUUGACCUUUUUCUACCGCUGGGUGACCAUAGAACAGGAGAUGACAUCACCAUGGUUAUAUGCCCUGGUAUUGGUAAUCACAGUGAGAAGCAAUACAUCCGAACCUUUGUGGAUUAUGCCCAGAAGGGUGGUUACCGCUGUGCUGUACUUAACCACCUUGGAGCUCUUCCCAACAUUGAGCUUACUUCUCCACGCAUGUUCACUUAUGGAUGCACAUGGGAGUUCGGGGCCAUGGUUGGCUACAUUAAACGGGCUAAUCCUCAAACCCAGCUGAUUGUUGUUGGCUUCAGUUUAGGUGGAAAUAUUGUAUGUAAAUUCCUGGGUGAGAACAAGGUGAACCAGGACCGAGUACUCUGUUGUGUCAGCGUCUGUCAAGGAUACUGUGCUCUCCGGGCGCAGGAAACAUUCCUUCAGUGGGAUCAGUUUAGACGCUUCUAUAACUUUCUUAUGGCUGACAACAUGAAGAAAAUUAUCCUCUCACACAGGCAGAGCCUGUUUGGACACUCAAUUAAAGUGAUUGAAGUGGAUCUUAGUCGGCUAUACACCGCAACAUCCCUCAUGCAGAUUGAUGACAAUAUCAUGAGGAAAUUCCAUGGCCACAGCUCUCUCAAGGAGUAUUAUGAAAAGGAGAGUUGUGUCCACUAUAUUCACAAUGUGGAGGUGCCGCUGCUGCUGGUGAAUUCUGUAGAUGAUCCUUUGGUUCAUGACUCACUGCUCACUGUUCCUCGUACUCUAGCAGCAAAGAAGCCCAAUGUGAUCUUUGCCCUGACACUACAUGGAGGCCAUCUCGGUUUUUUUGAGGGAGCAGUGCUCUUCCCUCAACCACUCACCUGGAUGGACAAAGUGAUUGUGGGUUAUGCCAAUGCCAUGUGCCAGUGGGAGAAACAGAAACCACCAUGCCAAAGUGGGAACACGAGUGACACCUCUUGUGCAAAGUCAAAAUCUUAAGCUUCUCUCUAAGCUUAACUUCUCUGUCUCUCUCACUCAUUCCUCCUAGAAGGAACACACCACCUGUGCUCUUAUCCCAAUAUAGGAACUUUAAACUCAAAGAAGUAAUACUUUUUUUACAUUAUGACACUUGGCUAAUGGUGUUGUUGACCCGGCAUGAAAAAGCAUGAUAAACCAUGUUUAAAUAGUCCAAUAAAAAAUAAGCAGGUUACAAGAAGCAGUUGUUUACGGGAUUCUGGAGUCCAAUAUGCAGAGUCAGUGCCCAAUUACCUGACCCAGACCAGGGGCAUCUACUGCUGUGGGUCAAGAGCUACUGUCCUGGUGGUUUUCCAACUCUCCCUGCUGAUUAUCUUGAACAGGUGUCAGUUAACAGCUGAUUGACUGAACAUACCAUGUCAAGCUAAUUAAUAUUAGCUGGGGCAAGGAGAGUUGGAAAACCAGCGGGACAUUAACCCUCGGGGGCCAGGGUUGGAUACCCCUGGCCUAAAACAUAUGGCCUUCGUGGCGAGUACAUACGUACAUACAUAUAUGUGGCUCAUAGAUGUACUGUAAAUGUCUGUGAACCCGUGUAGGUGUCUUCAUGGUGUGUUGCUCAUUAGCCUUGUUGUGUACUGUGGCUAUGUUUUGUAAAAACAAAACCUAAAUACCUUAGGGUUUUGCACAUUAUUUUCCCCUUCCUCAUCAUCUUUGCACUUGUGUUGAACCUUUUUAAGUAGCAGUGUUGAGGGCUUGACCAUGACCAGGAAUUAACUCCAGAUGGUAUCAUAGUCUCACAUACUGGUAGUCCCCCUUGGUUUAUCACUUUUCUUCAGUGCACUUUAAUUGUUUUAUGCUGCUCAUGAACACUGAUGAGACUUAUGGGUUGUUUGUAAUGAAGGUAAAGGUAUACACAGUGGUUGACAACAGUGUUUGUUUGGAACAAAAUCAAGGUUCGAUAGAAUUUAUAAAUUUUUGUGUUGCAUAUAAGACAUAUAAUUUAAAUGCUGUGUACUGUAUUUCUUUCUUUCAAGGAUUAGACCCUUAGAGUUUAAUUUUGGUUAUAAUUUCACCACUACAGUUUAUGAUGGCCAGGCUAAAGGUCAGAGUAUCGGCCGAUAUCAAGACAUGAGCCAAUGCCAGUGCCCUUUUUUCCUCACUUGUACCUGACUUUAUACCUUACUGUAUUGCAACUGGUGCAGUCGUUCUUGUGUACUGUGAAUUAAAGUAUUAACAGGCUUUGUUUUUUGAUCCAAUAUAGAUAAUCUGUAAUGUAGCUUUGAGAGUUUGCACAACCCUAUUUGAAAAGUGUGGCUAUCUUAGCCAACACCUUGUUUCUGUGCUUCAGAAUAUCCACAACACCACAAAUAACUGUUGCCAUCUACUGUAAGGGAGACUGUUGUUUUUUUUUUUUUUUUUAUUGUUCUCUGUCCACAGUGUAACGAAAGAAUGCAGAGUUCAGUUUCAUAUUUUUAAGGGAAAAUCUGAAACAGCAGAACAAAUUAAGUUAUAGUCUGUUUUUUGCCUUGCUCCAACUUUGCACACAGCUGAUUUUUCUAAACACAUUUUUGUAUUUUGUAAUAUCAUGACUUUGUAAACAUACAGUAUAAUGUGUCAUAUACAACCUCCUACAAAACCAAAACUUUACUUUCACAUUGUAAAAUGUACAAGCUAGUACACACAUAUUUUAGAGAAACUGAAAAUAAAUCAACUAGCAGAAAUAUUUUUUUAAUUAUUUUUAGGCUACUGGAGUUAUCAAAGUGUUUUUUUUUUUUUUUUUUUUUUACUUUAUUGUUUCAUGAUUUUGGGCUCAUGUUUAGUUGCUUGUGAACUAAAGAAUUCAAAUAGAAACUAAUACCAAAAAUGCACUCUGUAUUUGUAUGAUCAUUAUGUUUUAAGAUGUUAAUUUUAAAUCUUUGGCUCAAAGCCCACAGUAUGUUAGUGUGCAUUAAACAAUAUUCAGUUUUAAUUUCGUGUAAACAUUUAUUCAAAUGCUCAAUAUGUUUACCGAAUGUCAGAACAACUAGAAAGGGUGCACCCAGUCACACCACAGACUACUACGACUAUUAUUAAACACUGAGUGUUUUGUUUUUUUUUAACGGUUGCUUGCGUGAUCUAAUUAUUAUCUAAUUAUUAUCUAAUUAUGUGAACAGACAUGGUUAUUGUGUUAAAAAAAAUAAAUUAUUUUAAGAAAUCA